AUGAUUCAGGCAAUGGCGUCGCAGUCGCAGGCAGGAGGCGGUGGCGGCGGCGGCUAUGCCGGCCCAGGGCAGCGCGGGCAGGCGCAGCAGGGCCUGGGGAGGCAAGGUUCCCUGUACAGCCUUACCCUCGAUGAGGUGCAGAGCCAGCUGACAGAGCCUUUGCUUAGUAUGAACCUCGACGAGCUGCUCAAGAGCGUGUUUCCUGACGGCGUGGAUCCUGUCGGCGGCGUCGCCGGCCAGUCUGAGCCGGCCCCGGGCCUGCUUCGCCAGGGGAGCAUCACCAUGCCUCCGGACCUGAGCAAGAAGACGGUGGACGAGGUGUGGAAGGGCAUCCAGGAUUCGCCGAAGAGAAGUGGCGAGGAGGGUAGUCGGCGGAGGCGGGAGAGGCAGCCGACCUUUGGGGAGAUGACACUUGAGGAUUUCCUGGUGAAAGCUGGAGUUGUCGCUGAAGGGCAUUUGAAGGAUCCGAUUGACUUGCCAGCUAACAUGGGUGCGGUUGGGAGCAGUGUAAUUGAGGCUGCUGCGCCCAGUUUGAACCCCGGAGCGCAUUGGUUACAGCAGUACCUGGAGCCCCAGCAUCCACGCAUGGCAGGUCCUUUCAUGGCAAGUCAUUUGGGUCCUCAGCCAUUGUCUGUUGCUACAGGUGCUAUCAUGGAACCAAUUUACCCGGAUGGCCAGAUUACGUCACCAAUGCUCGAUGCGCUUUCUGAUCCUCAGACACCUAGGCGCAAGCGUGGUGCCUCAGAUGGUGUAACUGAUAAAGUCGUAGAAAGAAGGCAGAAGAGAAUGAUAAAAAACAGGGAAUCAGCUGCACGGUCCAGAGCGAGGAAGCAGGCUUAUACUAAUGAGCUUGAAAACAAGGUGUCUCGUCUAGAAGAGGAGAACGAGAGGUUGAAGAAGCAGAAGGUACUUUGUCUUCUGUUACUGUAA